AUGUCAGACGGCAAUAAGAGCUCCUGCUGCAAGGGAAAUGAACUCCCAGGAGAUCCACGAACAUUGAAGAGUCGAGUCCUCGAGACCGGAGCUUCAUUGAUCCAAGACUUCACGCCAGUGAAACAGAUCUGCGCCCAUCUCAAUGCAUUCCAUGUUUACGCCAACGAUCCAACCCGAUGCGUCGAGGCCAAUCACUAUUGUACUCAUUUAACAGAGGAUAUUCGCCAAUGCCUAAUCUACGACUCACCCGAGAAAAACGCACGCUUCAUCGGCGUUGAAUACAUGGUCUCGCCGCGGAUUUUCGCGACUCUUCCCGCUGAAGAGCGUAAGCUGUGGCACACGCACGAAUUCGAGGUCAAGAGCGGUAUGCUGGCCAUGCCAGCACCGGCUGGGGUGCCCGAUGCUGUAUGGGAAGCUGCGGAGACGGCAGAAAUGCACGAUGUUGCGCCUGUCUAUGGUAAGAUUUAUCAUUUCUGGCAGGUUGACCGUGGAGACCCUGUGCCUAUGGGGGAGCCGCAGUUGAUGGGUAGCUUUCCAUCGGAGGAGAGCGUGAAGGUUGCGCAUCCUGCGGGGUUGGAUUCGUUGUUGGAGGAUCGGAAUAAGAGGUUCGGGGUGGAUCAUCGACAGAAGGCGAAGAAAAGGGAGGGUAUUGAGGCGGUUGAGAAGCAUCCUGCUGGAAGGCUCCUGGAUAUCGAAAUCCAACGCGACGGCGAUAUUUCCUGGUUCAAGACGCAGGACAUAUUGGAUGAUGGGAGAAGAGGAAUAUGUGGAGCAAAAAAAUGGAUUUUAAAGGCACGAUAUGGUCACAUGACCAUUCCCGACCGCGGAAUGGUUGAUGCAGCUCGAUCUGGGCAAGACCAAGCUUCCAAUUCACUACACAUGGAGCAAUUAGUCCGGUCGUUAAUAAGGGGUUUCAAUCUGCGUACGGUUGGCCGACUUGCGCUCAAUGGCACCAGCACGUUCUGCGCCUGCGCGCUGAUCUGGGAGCACCUGAUCACCAUCCAGCUCAGCGAGGGCCCGUCGAUGUACCCUACCUUCGAUGUGCGAGGAGACUGGCUCCUGAUAUCGCGCAUGCACCGCAAUGGCAAGGGAAUCGAGGUCGGAGAUGUCGUGCGAUAUGGUCAUCCAAACUUUCAGGGCGUGCAUGUGGCCAAGCGGGUAGUUGGCAUGCCUGGGGAUUUUGUCUGUCAAGAUAAGCCGCUUAGUACGGGUAUUGGCAAGGAAGGGAAUAUGAUUCAGAUCCCCGAAGGUCAUGUCUUUCUGGCCGGCGACAAUCUUCCCUGGUCUAGGGAUUCCAGGAACUACGGUCCAGUGCCCAUGGGUCUCAUUAAUGGGAAGAUAAUUGCCAGGGUAUGGCCUCUGUCGAAGAUGGGGUGGGUGGACAAUCCGUUGCAACCGGCGCAACUGGAGGGCCAGAACAUUUGA